GGCCCAAUUGAGUUCGAGUGGUCCCGAGAUCAUGUCGAAGUGACUUGUGGCUUAGUACCCGAAGUAUAUAUCACGACUUCUUCCACGCCGAGCUAGACAGACUCCCGAACGGCACGCUUUUCUCUUUGUCCCUCGCCCAUUACGGUCUUCUUCUCUCCUACGUCGAAUACGAAAAUGGACUCUACACAUUCAGACGUCUCGGUCGAGGCAACCGAACCUCCAGCCUCUGUCACUGACAAUGCACCAACACCCACGUUGGCGCCUGAGAACCCAUUGAAAGAUAGGCGUCGCCAACGACUGCUCUGUGGGAUACAACGCAUGACGUCGUCCUCGUCCCUAUCUCGUGUCGGUCGCACCCGUUCUGCUAGUGCGCCGUAUGGCUCCCGUACCAAUUUAUCUUGUGUGAGCCUUGGGCCAACUGCCUCGGGCAGUGUCACCCCAGCCUACUUUUCUAGUGGCAAUGGGUCGUUUUCGAGCUCACAGAAUCCCGAAUCCUCACCAACUGAGGAUACUGAGGCUCCUCUGGCACCUCGCAAGCCAGCCAAUAUCAGCUCCACCGCUCUGACUCCCACUACAGCAUGUCUGCCUUCCGAUGUUACGGUCUCGCGACCGAGAUCCCACGCUAGUCGAAAACGUCUCUACGAUCUUUUGUCCGAAAUGCCCGAUGAGCUUCGAAUCCAAAUAUUUUCUUUUUUGAAACCUAAAGAGCUCGUUCGUGUGUCGCGUGUGAGCAGAGAAUUCCACAAAUUCUGUUUCGAUGGUCAGCUAUGGACUUCGUUUGAUGCGUCCGAAUUUUACAGCGAGAUACCUGCGGGGUCUCUGGCUAAUAUCAUUGCCUCGGCGGGGCCCUUUAUCAAGGAUCUUAACCUCCGCGGUUGUCUUCAGGUUGAGCACUACAAGCGCGCCGAAGUGUUGGUUACCGCCUGUCAAAAUCUUACCAACAUUUCUCUAGAGGGUUGUCGAAACUUCCAACGGUCAACUCUCCACAAUCUUGUUCGAUCCAACAAUAGAUUGAUCAACUUGAACCUAGCGAGCAUGACAGCUGUGACAAACAGCACCUGCAAGAUCAUAUCCCAACAUUGUCGCCAAUUAGAAUCUCUCAAUCUGUCUUGGUGCAAGCACAUGGAUGCAAAGGGAAUCAAGAUGGUAGUACUGGGCUGCCCUAAAUUGAUGGAUCUGCGAGCUGGUGAGAUCAAGGGGUUCGACAGUAUGGAGGUCGCCAAGGCAAUUUUUGAAACGAAUAAACUCGAACGUCUAGUUUUGAGUGGCUGUUCCGAUCUUACAGACGAAGGACUGAGAACCAUGGUCCAUGGCUUUAACCCUGAAAUAGAUAUAUUGACCGACAAGCCGAUUGUUCCACCUAGGAAAUUCCGGCAUUUGGACUUGAGCCGCUGCUCUCAGUUGACCGAUCGGGGAGUGAAGGCUCUUGGUCAUCUUGUCCCAGAUCUUGAAGGUCUACAGCUGAAUGGUUGUAUGGAGCUGACCGACACAGCCCUCGAGCCAAUUCUUGCCUCUACACCCAGCCUCUCUCAUUUGGAGUUGGAGGAACUUUCAGAGCUCACAAAUGACAUAUUGUCCAAACACCUAGCUAUAGCACCAUGCGCUGCAAAACUACAGCACCUUUCCGUGAGCUAUUGCGAGAAUCUAGGGGACGCCGGUCUGCUUCCGGUCAUCAAAAAUUGCGUGAAUCUGAAGAGCGUCGACAUGGAUAACACGCGAGCUGGCGAUCUCGUCCUUGCUGAAGCCGCUGCCAUGGUCCGAGCUCGGGCAGCUCGGACAACGGUUCGUGACCACCAACCUCGAGUGGGGCUCAAAUUAGUAGUCUUCGACUGCAGCUUGGUGACCUGGACAGGCAUUCGCGAGAUCAUGUCUUGGAACUCCGAAGUGCGCCACGCUUCUGGCAGCCUGCCGACAUAUCCUACAGAGAUUAUUGGCCUGAAAUGCUAUUUCGGGUGGCAGCAAACAGUAGAGCAGCAUAUGCAACGGGUAUUAAGAGGGGACUUUUCCGCUGCUGCAAGAUUGGAGAGAAAAUGGGCAGAUUACAUGCAAGCUGUAGAAGAGGCUGGCACUGCGGGCGCUGGUCUUCGCCGCCGCAGGCGCCGUGCCCGAGAGGCCCAGUUGCUCCACGCAAACGAGGAAGAAGGAGGUGCUGGUGGGCUCGGACGCCGGAGGGCUCGAACAAUGGCGACAUCCUGCACUAUUAUGUGAGCCACCAAUUGUAUAUGAACAACACAUAUUCCCUUUUGCGUACUUUCAGGGCUUGGCCUGUUGCUGUUCAUAGCAUACUCAAGAUCAUAGUAUGGAGUUCUGGGAUACAGGUUUGGGCGUUCAUUUGGUAGACAUGACAUUUUCGAGGUUCGGUAUCUCUAAUGACUUAUCUUUGUGUUUCGGGUUUUGGACAGGGUUUGUGUCAGGACGGGUGAAUAAAUCUACAAGAUUUAGAUUGUGUGGGCUUGUCUACUAUGAUGAUGGAAGGUAAUAAGCGGCAUCGCUCUUAGACCGUGGAUAGCUGAAGCCCUCAUGCCUCUCUACCAAGCGUCUUUUCUAGGCGCGUUUCGGAUGGCAUUCGUUGUCCGAGGGUAUUGAUGUGAUAUGGAAAGUUGAAGGUGAAAUGAAGACCCUUCAUAGCUGUUAGUAUGGCCGAGAUAAGAAUAAAGAGGACUAGCUACUAGAGAGGAUUCUCGUCGCGCACUAAGCUAUAAAGAGCUCAGGUAGUUUAUUACUCCCUUCGAUUGACUCCGUAAAGCACACGGCCAAUAAAGGUCUUAAUACUAAGCUCUAUUCUACUACCUAGUUAAAUGCUAGUUGAAUGACCAUUUCGAUCAGUUGUCAGUUGACUAUCCAGAACACUGUUACUUCAUUUGACCUGAACCCCUAAAGAGCUCCGGUAUUGGCAUUCGGUCUCAUUC